CAAUGAUGCAGAAUUAGUUGUGGCUUCUUCCCUUCCUUCUCACUCUUCCAAUCCCUCCCAACCUAACACCCAUUGCUCUCUCUUCAAAACCCUCCCACCAUUGCAGAAGAGAUCCACACAGCCGGAGCUCACUCAGAAACAAACACACAAGCCUAAUUGCUGCUUCUCCAGCCGCAUUUACUCGAUUUAAUGAUGGAGAGGGAGCUGUCGGACGAAGAGGAGGAUCGCGAGAAUCUGAUUCUGCAAAAUGCGAGGCCGAACGACGCCGUGAAGUCGCCCGAUCACCGCUCGGCUUUCGGAAUCGACGGCGAAUUGAGGAGCAGAGUCUCCGGCGCCGCGCGCAGAUUCAAUAAGAGGUACAUUCUCGCGAUUUCUCUGCCGGUGGUGAUUUUGAUAGUGUUUUUGACCACCGAUUUGAAGAAUGUGUUCCGGAUGCGUGUGCCGUCGAUUAGGGGUAUUGGGGGUAAUGGCUUGUUGGCUGAUCGAAUGCGUGAGUCUGAGUUACGUGCUUUGUAUUUGCUUAAGCAGCAGGAAAUUGAGCUUGUUAAGAUGUGGAAUUAUACUACAUUGAUUGGUGGAUCGAAUUUUAGCUUGGUAAAUAAUAGUAAUUCGGUGGAUUUGAACUCUGGUAAGGAUAUUGGGGUGUUGGAAGACUUGAAGUCGCGAGUUUUUGGCCAAAUUUCGUUGAAUAGGCAAGUUCAGGGGACUCUAUUGUCAGCUCAUGAGGGUGAGAGUUCUGUGGAUUUGUCUGCAAAUUACACGGAUUCGAGUUUGUCUGAUUGGGCUAGGUGCAAGAAGGUGGAUCAGAGGUUGGGAGAUAGGAAGACAAUAGAGUGGAACCCGAAAUCAAACAAGUAUUUGUUUGCUAUUUGUGUAUCUGGCCAAAUGUCGAAUCAUUUGAUCUGUUUGGAGAAGCAUAUGUUCUUUGCGGCUUUGUUGAACCGGAUUUUGGUGAUCCCGAGUUCAAAGGUUGAUUAUGAGUUCCACCGCGUGCUGGAUAUUGAUCACAUUAAUAAGUGCUUGGGAAAGAAAGUCGUGGUGACAUUUGAGGAGUUUGCAGAGAGCAAGAAGAACCAUUUGCAUGUUGACAAGUUUAUGUGUUAUUUCUCGUUGCCACAGCCGUGUUUUAUGGAUGAUGAGCGUGUGAAGAAGUUGAAGGGGUCGGGGGUCUCUUUGAGUAAGGUUGAAGCUGUCUGGAAGGAGGAUGUUAAGAAGCCAAAACAGAGGACAGUACAGGAUGUUUUGGCAAAGUUUUCUUCGGACAGUGAUGUCAUUGCAAUCGGAGAUGUGUUCUUUGCUGAUGUCGAGAGAGAUUGGGUGAUGCAGCCAGGAGGUCCGAUUGCACAUAAAUGUAAGACUCUGAUUGAGCCGAGUAGGCUUAUUUUGCUCACUGCUCAACGUUUCAUACAGACAUUCUUGGGAAAAGACUUUGUGGCUCUUCAUUUCCGGCGCCAUGGCUUCUUAAAAUUCUGCAAUGCCAAACAACCAAGCUGCUUCUAUCCUGUUCCGCAAGCUGCUGAGUGCAUCAAUCGAGUUGUUGAGAGGGCUAGUACUCCAGUGAUAUAUCUCUCUACAGACGCUGCAGAAAGUGAAACUGGUUUACUUCAGUCACUUGUUGUCUUGAACGGGAAGACUGUACCGCUUGUUCAGAGACCAGCUCGCAAUUCAGCUGAAAAAUGGGAUGCUUUAUUAUACAGACACGGACUUGAGGGGGAUUCUCAGGUUGAGGCAAUGCUGGACAAGACUAUUUGCGCUCUUUCAUCAGUCUUCAUUGGAUCUUCCGGAUCCACUUUCACUGAUGAUAUUCUACGCCUCCGCAAGGACUGGGGCUCAGCAUCACAAUGUGACGAGUACUUGUGCCAGGGUGAACUUCCAAACUUCAUCGCAGAAGAUGAGUGACCUUGAAUCUUGUACAUUCACCUCUCCUCAUGAAGAUACUGGUGCUCCUUAUGAAGUUGAGUCUCACCCUACUAUCUACUUGCUUAAACUGCUUAAUCUUUAUAUUUUUUCAUGGAAUCCACUGCCAUGGGAAACUGAAGGAGAUGGCUAACGACCCCUGGAUCCUGCCACGUAUUUGUUUGGACAUGUGAAUUGAUGGUGUAAAUUAGAUCAUACCUGAUUUAUCUUGUUCCAUAUGUAAUAAGAGCUUCAGCCAGAAAUUUUGACUUGUAGUUUUGUUCUCCAUAGUUUCUUGAGAAAGUUAGCUUAGUUGGUGUCUGUUUGUUGUGUUGUGUUGAGUUGUAUACAGUAGUUCAGCUUAUGUGCUAUACUGGCGAUGUUGAAUAUCCCUCGCGAACAAGGUUUUUGUCGAUGUUAUAAAAAUAUUUGGUGACUUUUGUUA